ACGCGAGCCGCAGUCUGCUGUCGACCAUCGCGUGGAGUGGAUGUGUUGUCGUUCGCUGUUGCGAGAAGUGUAACGGGACCGAUUAUGAACUCGCGCGAUCUCGCGUCAUGAUCUCUCUCUUGUCAUCAUAACGAGGGAAUUAUGUCGACUCGGAGAAAUGGGUAACCUGGCGACGCUACUGAUACAGUUUAGUGCCGCGUUCCUCUUCGCAUGUCUCGCGGAUUACAGCUUGGCUCAGGACGAGAUACCAGUCACAGCAAAGUGCGUCGAGACCGAGACGGGAUGCAGGAGAUGCAGGGACGGAACGUGCGCCAGAUGUGCCGUCCUGUUACAUCAAGGUACCUGCGUGCAUACCUGUCCACCGGGCUUCGUCGCCGACUGGUCCACCCGAGACGAGUACAUGGGUCGUAUCUGUCGGGAGACUGGCUACAUGUUUGGCCUCACCGGUAGCCAGGUUGCGAUUUUAGUGGGGGUGGUUUCCGGCGCGACGAUAUGCACCUUCAUCAUCAUCUGCGGGGCGAUAGUCGUUCACCGACGUAAGAAGAAGGCGGCCAAAUUGGCGCAAAAGUUCGAGGACAGCGCGGAAAGGAGAGAAUUUCUGAAACAUCUAGCGACACUUCGUGGAGAGGCCCAUACCUUCCUCGCGAUGCUCAACGACACUAGAAGACAAGUCAGGGAGUUGUACUACUCGGGAAAUAACGGAGACGGUGCUGUUGGAAUUCAAGCGUACAGACCAGUAUUACGUGACCUGGCGAGGAUACUGGUCCUCGUGAAUAGAAGAGACGACGAGAUCCCGCUUCCGCCCGACGAUUGGCAACGACUAUUCUCGUGGGCAGAACGGCUGUUGAGAAGAUACAAGAGGCACAGUUCUCCAGAAGUGGCUCAGCUCGUGACAUUUCUCCAACAGCCGACGAGCAAUUCCGUGCAAAUGACAUCGGCACAACCGGUCACGACGUCGUCGCAACCAUCGGCUUGUCAACCCAUAUAUGAACCUAGAAGCACUAAUCUCACAACAUUCCAAGCAAACGUGCCGCUCGCGACGUUUCAAGCAAGUGACAAGUCGAGCAUUAGUCCAGCGAGCUCGAGCCUCGGUUACGUGAAGGACAGCAGUCCGCUCGGUUCGAGUCUAGGACAGAAUAGCACUUCCGGCGCUUACAACAGCGAGAAGCUCAGUCCAAAUGGCUCGACGAUCGGCCAGAUGACGCCCUUGGUCUACGGGAACAAUCAGAAACGCGGAGGACCGAGGAUAACGAGUGACUCACACCUUCAAGAACUCCAGACGAUUUCUGCGUUCGGUCGUAGCUACAACAGCGACACGUUGCCCUCGGAGGCUAACAAUAUCCGCGCGUUGCGCGACGAAUGCGAGACGAAUGACGGCCUAGACCGCGACCUGAAUCCCCAAUGGAAGUUUCAGAGCAGUCCCGUGGAAGCGGCCAACUAUACCAUCCUAACAGACUGGUCGCCCGCUCGCGACUAUCUCAUCGAUGACUUUACGAUUCUCGGCUUCCGGCCACAAGACGAGAUUACCACAGAAUUGUAAUAUCGACUGAUAAUAAUACAUAUCCCCAAACAUAAGACUUGAAAAAGAGAGAUUAGGAUUGCUUGCGCAUAUCGCCAAAGAUCGCCAUUUUAGACAGUCUUGUUAAUGUGUUUCGAUAUUGUCAUUUGUCAAUGUCUUAUUCGUAGCAAAAUGAUGGGAUUAUGUUCCGAUUAUUUGAAGUAUAUGAAAUUGCGUCAAUUCAUCAUCGCUGUAAUUAUCGUUAAAAAAAUAACGAUUUACUAUUUUGAUUACGAAAGAUCUAUUCAUUUAUGUUAUAUAUAUUAUA